UUUUGUCUUUAAACAAAUUCUAUUCGUCGUAUGUUCAUGUGUGAACGUUGUCACUAGACAUGUAUCAAUUACGUCACGGAAUUUCAUUACGUAUUGACAUUCCUUUCCAGCUGACACGUAUUGACAUAAUCACGUUUCCUGUCAGUGGACAACGAGCAUGACAGACUGCAGUGAACCGACUAUCAGAAAAUCCAAUCUGGUCUUGACUCAAGAUUGCGGAACGUGCACUGCUCGUAUGGGAUGUGAUAAUUAUUUUGGAAAGAUUGGGAAUUUAAUUAAUAAGUGUAAAGACGUUUUUGUCCCUUUUAAGGGGUGUCAAGGUGUGCGAGAGCAAAGGAAAAUUGGGAAGGAUUGUUUAAUCGGAUCUGAUGUACGUGAAGUUAGUGGAGCAAGAAAGGAAGGAAUUCUUCGAACAGACAAAUACAAAUAUGAUAAUGCAGAACAUGGGCAAUUUGAAAAAAGAGAAGAAAAACGGCAAAAUCUUUUUUGCGAUGAUAAAGUUGAUGGAUUUAAUGAAGAUGAUCGAUCGAUCAAAGGAUUAUUUAGAAAUGUAACGUCUGAACAAGAUAUGAGUGACUCUACUAGAAGAUGUGACUCUCGGGUGGCUGAUAAAAUUUUGAAAAUUACUGAAAGCAAGAAAAUUGGUAAUUCAAAAACGGAUAUACAUUGCGAAACGAGAAUCCAAAGAGUUUGCAAGAGAAUCAAGAGAACGGCAUCCAAGAAAAUAGGUUAUUUUACAGUUAAUAAAUGUCUUGAUAAGGAAUCUGAUAACGUGAAUGACAUCAUUAGUAGUCACGGAUCUAUAGACUCAGACACUGGUACGACUAAACAAUUUUUAAAAAAUAUUUUGGACUCUGCCUUUUUGGGAAUUGAGAAAAGGUUGAAAAUUCAAAGAGAUGAUUCUGAAACGUGUGUCAGUAACAAAAGUAGCAGAUCGAGGAGUGGUUCUAGACAUAGAAUUAAGAAUGUACAUUCCAGGGAAAGCUUACAUGGUUUUGGAAAAAAAUCGCAAAAUUGUGGAACCAAUACAUUGACCAAUGAUUUUUCGAAUAUUCAGGUGUGUCAUAAUGCUCAUUGUCCACUGGCAAGGAGGUGGUAGAAUUUUGAAAUUUUUAAAAGGGAUAAAUAAUCUUUUCAAUCAUUUUUGAUAAUCAACUAUUUUGAAUACUUGGUUUUUUUAUUCUUUAUAGUUACUACCGUAAAGGAAUAUUUGUUUAGUAUCUUUGUAGUAUCAGCUAAUUAAAAAUAUUUUUAUACCAACUCUGCUCAAAUUUGUUGAAUUUACCCCGGCAAAUUUUAAUGACGAAUUGGACGAGUGUCCUCCUCUUAUAUCAGACGCAGAGUUAACUCCGAUGAAGAAUCGAGUUUAACUCUGUCAUAACCUCCGUACACUAACCAGUGUCGGAGUAAAAUUUUUGGAAAAAUGGCAAAAUAAAAUUUUUAUCAUAAAUUUAUCAACCCUUAAAAAACCGUAUUCGACGCAAACCGAUGGAAAAAAUCAGGAUAAAAUGUUGAACCAAAUGGGAAGAUGAGUAAUUCCAAGAAGGAUAAUAAAUCAAAUCAAGCAAGAAAUUUUCAAAAAAAUUCAAGUAACGUGACAAUUUUGGUUAAAAGAUCCAGUAACGAAACCCUUGAUAAACCAUUGAAAAGUGAAAAUUUAAAUCGUGAAUGUGGCACUGGCAAAUUUAUAACUGUGAAUUAUUCCAAAAAAACUUAUGGACCUAAACUAGUUACGAGAAAAAGUGCAAAAUUAAGGGAAGAAAAAAAUCAUUGUCAAAUUCCUCCGAAAAAUAAAAAUUUCAACGCACUGAAUGUGCUUGAUAUAAAUUUUAAGAAAAUUUAUAAAAACUAUGAAAAAUCUUCACUCGCUCACAGGCCGAAUGAUGAAGUGACGCUGUUGAAUUUUGGCACGUGCAAAUUCGCCAAUUCGAUGCGAAUGAACAAGCAGGAAGUAUCAGUUUGUCAUAGUGGUUUGGACGCCGACGUCGGUACGUCAACAAUGGCGUCGCCAAACGACGAAAAGCUUUUACCGAGUCCAACAAACUCAAAAUGUUUUGAUAGUCCGAGCCAUACUGGCAAAGAGGACAAAGAACGUGUUUCGAUAUACACCGGAAACAGAAUGUCCGAACACGUUACUAAGCACCAAAAGAAUCGCAAGACAAUAGCCGCUACCAUUGUAGGAAGUGACGUCAUUCAGGAUCGUGACCACGUCUGGACGCAGACGCAACAAGGGACGUCGUGUGACGUAACCGGAAUCGGUGUGAGCACUGAGGAUCGUGGAUCAAAUUUAUCCAGCAAGACUUCAAAAUUUGACAGUUCUCUUCGAAAAAGUAAAACUAAAUGUAGAAUUUUGAAAAAAUGAAGGAAAGAAUAAUAAAAAUGGAAAAAGGACAAAGAAAAAUAGUCUCUAUCAUUUUAUUUGGGAUAAUAUCAAAGUAUUGAAUUUUUUUGAUCAGACGAA